AUGACCACCACCAAGCUAAAAGACUACGCUGAUAAGAUCCAGAAAGCUGCCAAGGCUCUGGACACUUUCCAGCACGCAAACGGCGACGCCAGCGAUGGGCACGUUCUGCCAGUCAACGACCCUCACGCUGUUAUCGAGGCCCGCGAGGCACUGAUUGAUGCCGCCACUAGGCUGUUACAAGAUGUCUCUGAGCCUACACAAUUCCUUCCCAACUUGGCCGUCCAGGGGCAACAAAUCUCUGGUCUCCGAUGGCUCUGCCGUUUCAACGUCAUCUCGCUCGUCCCGCUGGACGGCUCCAUCUCUUACGCCGACCUCGCCGCGGCGGCCAAGGUCCCAUUGAAGCAGCUAAAGAGCAUCGUGCGCAUGCUCAUGUGCGCCAACUUCUUCGCCGAGACGGCCUCUCAAAACGUGCAGCACACCAGGCUCUCUGCGCAGUUUGCUCGCAGCGAGCCCCUGCAGACCUGGGCUACCUUCCUGGCCGAGGACUCCAUCAUCAUGGGCCUCAAGAUGUACGAGGCGACAUCCAAAUGGGGCGCGACGACCUCCAAGACGGAGACGAGCUUCAACCUGGCCCUCGGCACGGACAAGUCAUUCUUCGAGUGGCUCAGCACCACGCCCGAGGCCACGAAAAAGUUUAGCGGCUACAUGAAGGCCGUCACGGCCACGUACGGCACAUCUCUGGAGCAUCUUGUCGACGGCUACGACUGGGCGUCGCGUCUCCGAGACGGAGCUACUGUUGUCGACGUCGGGGGCUCGUUGGGCCAUGCGAGCAUUGCGCUUGCCCGCAAGCACAAGGGCAUCAAGUUCAUCGUGCAAGACCUCACUCGCGUCAUUCAAAACGUCGAUGCGACGUCUAUCGACGAAGAUGCUGGCGUCCGCGAGAGAAUCACCUUUGCAGAGCACGAUUUUUUCCAGCCCCAGCCCGUCAAGGACGCAGACGUGUACCUUCUCCGCCAGAUCCUUCACGACUGGCCCGACGCGGACGCCACCAAGAUCCUCCAGAAUAUCACUGCUGCGAUGCGGCCCGACGCGCGCAUCAUGAUUAUGGACUCGGCGCUGCCGUUCCCGGGCACCAUUGGCCGCGUGCAUGAGGCGCAGCUAAGGGUUAGGGACAUGACGAUGAUGCAGGCGUUUAAUGCGUCGGAGAGGGAGCUAGAGGACUGGAAGAGAUUGCUGAAGGAUGCGGAUGAACGGCUGGAGCUGGAGAGCGUGGAGAUUCCUACGGGGAGCCACUUGGCUAUCUUGGUGGCUCGCCUCAAGUAG